CAGGACGGGCUCCACCGUCAGUCACGUGGUGGGUGCUCUCCCAGGCGAACGUGCAGGACCGUGUGCUACCAAGAUUCUUUCAAACUGUCCGUUUGCAGCUUCUCACCGCGUACUUUGCAGCAGCCUGUUGUCGAUCUCUGCCUGGCCGACGAGAGAUCCUGUCUAGAGCGAGUGACAUUUAGUGAAGUGAACGUGAAAGUGUUAUUUUGAACUGAGGGGUCGUGUUUGGCGCGCGUCGUGGCCCCACGUGGUAUACUUCAGUGUGUCAUUAUCUUGCUCCAGCUGUGCCCUUUUCACUUCGUAGGAGGCGAAAUCAGCCAACUCCACGAGUAUUUCUCGAUAGUCGAGAAGAGAGUAAGAGAAGGCAGCAAACUUUCAUCAGACAGCACGAUGCGCGUCGCCAAGUGACAGCAGGAGUUGACAGUUGAAAGCUCGUGGAAACCUCCCGCCGCCUCGCCCGCCCGCACACCCAAGACCGCGCUCGGGAACUUCUCAGAAAGGACCUUUGCGCUGUAGUGAGACGGCCUCGACCUCAGACAAGGCGGAUAUUCAAACAUCAUGCAUUACUUCUCAGACAAUUCCCAGGAUGGAGAACUUUAUGUAACAGGUCGCGAGAGGUCCUCCUCGUCCAGCACAGACGACCCUUCCUCGGGCGGAGACGACUCCUACCUGAGGGCGGCCGCAGCGGCUGCGAGGAAGCGCCGCGGAAACCUACCCAAAGAGUCGGUCAAAAUUUUGAAAAAAUGGCUCUACGACCAUCGCUACAACGCUUACCCGUCCGACGAGGAGAAGCUGCAGCUGUCCCGCGCCGCUAACCUGUCGGUCCUUCAGGUGUGCAACUGGUUCAUCAACGCCCGGCGGAGGAUCCUGCCCGAGAUCAUCCGCCGCGAGGGCCAUGACCCCGAGAAGUACACAAUCACCCGACGGGCCAAGAAGUUGAAGGGCGUGUCCCCCCGCGACCGCAUCGACCCCGAGGAAUACUCCCGCCCCGCCCAGAACGACUACGCCCGUGCGCGCCCGAGAUGGGAGUCCGCCGAUCUCCCCGACCACGACUACGACUUCUCCAUGGAGUCCCGGGUGGCGUCGUGGGUGGCAGAGCAGCAGAGAGUGUCAGCUAAGCCCCACUACGAGGCCGUGUGCCCUUGCGGCUGUGGCUCCGACGCCGACCACACUCCAAACUACAGCGGUUCCACCACUACGCCCACAGCACCUACGCCUACCACCCCCACUUCAGCUCCCAACUUUGCUUCAGAAGUCACGGCACCAGCAACCACCACAACAACAAAUUCCCCGAUAUACACGGAUACAACACACUCCCCCGCAUACACCCCCCACGACUCGCCCCUCUACCCCCCGUCCACACCGGAGCACUACGUUCCUCAGACAGAAUAUGCUCACCACCCCUACACCACGCCUGCUCAGGUCACCCCGCCACCCACGCCCCCAGAGGACGAUGCCGACAAGUUCAAGUGCCUGUACAUGCUGGUGGAUGCUGCCCUCAGUCAGUGGGAGAAGCAGAACGCCUCCCCGCCUCCUCAAGACGCCCUCGACACCACACGGACCUACCUCAGCCUUUAACGCGGCCGCAACAACCGGUGUAACGAGACUAUGCCAUCUGAUUUUUGUAUAGAGUGGAUUGUUGGGCAAGUGCAGUUUCUUGGUUCACUAGAGUACAGAACAACGGGAUUCGUGAGUGAAAAGUCCCUUGGCGUAUCGCUUCCUCCCAGCCUGUAUAUAUCUUGCACCUACGGACCAAGUUUAUAUACAGAACAGUCUUUUGUUCUUUUAUCUUUACCUGUGAAGUAUAGGAAUUGCUCACAGUUUAGUGAAUAAUUAUUGGUUCACUUGAUGUCAUGUUGGUUUUUGGUUGUGACUUUAUAAAUUUUAGUUACAAAAGACACCAUUUUUAAUUUGACUGUGUUGAUUGUUAACGCACGACUGUCAGGUAUUUCGGGAUUAGUACAACGAUUCUGAGCCUUGAGGGACGCUCUCAGGUUAGGCUCUUGGUCGGACGUCGGAGGAUGAACUCUAACCCUUGGCAGUGAUUUGGUAGUUCGAACAUACUAACCAAAUAAUGAGGUAGCUGUUGAUUUAUGUCCUCUAUAGUACAAUGGAUUACCUUGCAAUGAUACAGAGUUUUUAGUUUUUCUGACCCGUUAUUUUUAGGUGACCCUUGUAUUAUCACGACUUAUCAAGAUUAGUGUAGUUUAUAGAACAUUCCAAAAUUGUUGUUGGUCUACCCUCACCUCAGAGUAGCGGGCGAGGGCGGGCAUCGCAGCCUCGGGAGCCGUCCUUGCUGGACCUGACGCCCGCCCGCCGCCCUGCCUCUGAUCUUGUCUCUGCCUUAAAGACAUAUCGCUCAAAGCCCUAAGAAAACGUGUAUACAUGUGCCUUAGUCAUGUCCAUUGCAGAGUCGACUGUUCUCGAGGUCAACGCCCACCUACGCCGGCAGGGGAGGUUCACGGACCUACUUAAUGGGUCUCACAAAUACACUAGUGUUUGGGGAAGUACAAGUCAUUUCCCAGUCUGUUUCAAUACGUAUAUUGCAGUGUAUAUAUAUUACAAUGUUAUAUUAACUAAAUGUAUAAUAAGAUUUUGAAAAUAUUUUUACAGAACUGCACUGAGCACUAAAGUCAGUAACCAAGAAGGUCAAGUUUAUUGUUUCAAAGUAAUUGUCUGUAUAAAGAUGAAUACAAAGUAUUUGUGCCAUUGGUAUUUAUAUACCAUGAUAUGCCAACUGCCAUCGUGAGUACUCCAUGCAAGUAGUGAUAACUAUAAUGUUGUUAGUAGUUCAUUGAAUAUAAGAAGUGUGUUCCGAGUGUGACCAUCGUGACCACGGUGCUUUCCUCUCACCUCUUGCCACGCAACUCCUUUCUUUCACCCAUUCUGCCUUUUCAAUUUAUUUGUUACUUGAAUAUGUCUGUUUGAAAGUGUAGUAUAUUUUAAAACUAUUAAUGAUUAUAGUGUAGAUAAAAUUAAUAUUUCUGUUGAGAAUGUGUGAUCGAAGGUUGCAAUGGUCGGAGCGUGGGAGGAAGCAACUUGGUCACGGACUUGAGUAGCGCCAGGAACGUAGUCCAUUACUAGCGCGUGUACUGUACAUUAUGCAGAAUAAUUAUAUUAGAAAAUAAAAAAAAUAUCUUACUA